AUUAAACAAAUUAUUUUGCUAUGAAAACCCAGCUUUCAUAGAGCCUUGAUUUGGGCCAGUGAGUAACUAACUACCAAGAACACUAUUAAGUGCAUGAAAACGUCCUGCCCUGGUAACCACCCCACCAAGUACACUCUAUUGUGCUGGCACUUUUGCACAAGCAAGCUAUAAAAUAAAUCUAAUUUUAAGAUUUUAAUACUGAAGUGUCUAUCACACUGGAGUGUAUUUACUGCAAAUGUCUUUCUAGCACUCCGUAGUGCAAAACCAUUUUCUGCUACUUAGUAUAAGCUGUAAAGACAAAGUUGCCACAUCACGAUGUUUGGCAAGAUAACCGGCCUAUAUUUUUUGACACAUGGUCAUGAUCAAUAUGUAAAGGAAAACGCACAUAAACAGUUGUACCCCUUUGAUUUCUGAGCUCGUGCUGUUGUGAAACUGACCUGUGAUUGUGGACUGCAGCUCAAGCAGGAAACAUCCGAGUAUAAAUAAAGGAAACAUCUCAUAUAUUUCAUAUCUGAAGCAUUGAAUCUCAAUUUAGCGUCACUUCACUGUAAUCCACAAGAAAACGUGCUGAAACAAACGUCAUGGCGCAGUCGUCUUCUGAGAGCUGUCUAGAGUCGGAGCUCAUCUGUCCCAUCUGUCUUCAUAUUUUUCUUAACCCAGUCACACUACCCUGUGGCCACAGUUUCUGUCUGACCUGUUUGGAAACACCCGAGAGGGAUAAAACUUCUCAAGAACUUUGUUGCCCAGUGUGUGGAGAGCAACAUCUCAGCCCAGAGUCCUUACCGAGAAAUAUUAAACUCAAAAACAUUGUUGAGAGCCACAAAGACGGAAUCAUGGUCAAAACCAGAGAUGAACAUCCAUGCACUGUAGAAGACAAGGUGAUCAACAAUAGCGACGUGUCUGUUAGGAAAGAAAAUAUAAUAGAUGCUGUGGAUGAAAACUGUGAGUCUUUGGAGAACGAAUCAAAUGAACGCAGAUCUAGAUUGCUUACGAUAAUGAAUAGUGUUCAUGAAAAGCUUGCUGUAGUAGAUGAUCUAGUGACUAAAGAGAAGGAAGUAGAGGCUUCUGUCAAGUCGAAACAUGCUAAUUUGAGGAAAGAGGUUGACAGUAUACUGGAGGAAAUGGUAGAUCUAGUUAAGUCCUACAGCAUUGUUGGUAUGAAGCUUCUAGAAGUCAGGUUAAAGCCCAGAGAAAUUGAUGCACAGAACAGAGUAAAACUACUAUCAGACCUUCAGCAACAAUUGAAGACUGCAGAAAUCCAUGUCAGUACCCUGAAGGAUGAGAAUGACGACACUUUUGUAAGUGAUGAGAUCCGAAAGAUUGAGACCCAAGUUUCCAGCUUGACUCCGCCAUCUGAGGACCCUCGAAGUGAAAUGGAGUUAUUCAUCAAUUUAAAAAAAGUUUGUGUGGAAAUGGAACAUCACAAUACUCAACUCCGCCUUGGCCUCGGAUCCGUUCAGCGAGCUUUACGAGUUGUCCUCAAUCCUUCAGAGGUGACGUUUGACCCCGAGACCCUCCAUCCCAACCUGAUCUUGUCCGAGGACCUUAAAACAGUGUCUUUCAGUGUAGCAAAGCAGCCCUAUCCAGCCAAUUCUCAUAGGUUUUCUAGUUUCUUCCAGGCUCUGAGCUCUCAGAACUUCUCUAGAGGAGAACAUCUAUGGAGCUUGAAGGCCGAGGGUUGUCCCUGGGUUUUAGCUUUGUGUUAUGGUGGGCUUCCCCGCUCUGGUUCUGGUAGUGGUCUGGAGAGCAGUGCUGGUUCUUGGUGCCUCAUGUACUGUGAUAACCUGCUGAGGGCUUAUGAAAAUGGAAAGGACACGCCACUUAGACGUACACUGUCUCUGAAGAAAGUAGAGAUACACCUCAGCUUUAGUCGCGGUACAUUAUCUUUUUACAGCAUUAGUGAUGUGAGUGGGGAAAGAACUAAUCUUAAUACGUUUACAGUGAACUUUACACAGCCUGUGUAUCUGGCUGUACGGAUGAUGUCUGGUCAUCCCAAAGCACAUAUAACAGUAAGCUAGUGAUUUCAUAUAAGGUGUAGCUACAAUAACAUCUUAAAAAAGUUUUUGUUUUGAGAGAAAUGACAACAAUGAUUUGAUGGACAAACUUGCAAAGGGUUGUUUCAUUAUUCAUGUAUCAGAGAUGGUUCCCCCCCUCAAAAAGAUGUUUACCUUUUAUGCCUUGCUGGUUUCAAUAUUUGCAACAUUUCAACCUUAAUAAAUAUCACAUUGUUCUUGCAAUAUUCAAAUUUAUGAAAAUUAACUUUCAUCAAUCAUAAGAUAGGUAUAUGUUGAAACACGAAGAAGGUGAUAUUUGCACUUUUGCAUUUCAUGUAA